AUGUAUAUUUCUACUCAAAUUGGAAGGUGCAUAGUUGAGGAACCUGAUCUCAAAAAUCGAAUGCUCUACAAAACUCUAGAGUUAGAAUUAUAAGCUUAGGGAGGCUUGAAAGUAGUUAAAAACACAUUUUAAAAUGAUCCUAAAUACGAGCUAAAGAACUUCGACAUAAGAAAGAGGUUCGAUUUGAGACCCCAGAAUAUUCAUUCAUUCAAUAUUUAAUAAAACCUUUAAACACAAAAGAUCUAAAAUCAGGAGGCCUCAAGAAAUCUUCGAUCUGUGAACUUGACUUAAAGGAUGGUAGACCAAGAAAAUAUAACAAAUCAUACUCAUAAUGGUUUAUUGAGUGCUUUGAUCCAUGAAGCUGGAUAGAAGGUACUAAGGUAGGUAUAAUAGGAGCCUUCUAGCUAAUAGGAAUAAAGAUUAUGUAUUCUUGAUAACCUAGAUGGAAAUGACAUGAGAUUAUUAGUAUGUAUAACCAUGUUCAGAGAGCCUCUCACUUAAUUACAAAAAUCAAUUGAUGGUGUGGUGCAGUCUUUGGAUGCUUUUAUGAAGUAUGGGAUAGCUCCUCAUCAAAUUGGAGUUUGUGUAUUUUUUGAUGGAAUCGAGAAUAUCCACAAUGUGAUCGAUGAGAAUGGGGCAGCAUAUCAUGAAAAUAUUAUUCCCUACUUUAAAAGCAAUCUAGAUGAGCAAUACGGGAUCAAGGAUAAAAAGACACUUGACUACCAAUAUUGGGAGUAUAAGAAACACAAGAAAUUCUUGAACGAUUACAAUCCUCAAAACAUUAUCAAUUUGAGAAAAAACAAGGAACUCCUAUUAAAGAAAUAUAAAAAGUACAAGGAUUCUCUUCUGCCAAUAAUGAAAGCAUAGAAGGGCUAUCAAUGGAUGCCAUAAGAUGAAUGGGUGGAAACCAACAUUAUAUAGGCAAUGAUCAGAUAAUACUAAUUGUCAAAAUAAUAUAUUCAAGAUAGAGAGAACACUGCCUGGGUAUAUCAAGGUAGGCAUGUAUAUCAGGAAUGCACAAUGCCAAUAUUUUAUGUUUUCAAAUUCAAAAAUGGGUCUAAACUGUCUUCUCAUCUAUGGUUUUUUAAGGGAUUCUGCUAAGAAUUGAAACCAGACUACUGUUUAUUGAUGGACUGCGGAGCCGUUCCUGCUAAAGACAGUAUUUUUAAAUUAAUAAGUUCAAUGGAAGCAGAUCCUAAGGUAGGUGGAGUGUGUGGUAAUAUGAGAAUAGAAGAGGAGAUGGAUAUUCUAAGCAAAAUCCUCAAUAAACAUUUCUUUUCAAUUAAAAAAUGCUAAUAAUGUGAAUAUGAUAUUGGACAUACUUUGGAUAAAAAUUACGAAUCAGCCUUGAAUUACAUCCAUGUCUUGCCUGGAGCUUUCUCUGCUUAUCGAUACAAAGCCUUCAGCCAACAUUAUAUAAAGUACUCGAAGUAGUCAAAGUAAAUUCAAUUGCUACUAUAAAAUUAACAUAAGAAUACAUCAGAUAAUCAACCAGACGUUAAUGUUGAUAUUGACAAUUAACAAAGUUCCCAAUAAGUUAUUCCAGAAGAAAACUAUAAUAUUCUCAAUUUCUAUUUGAGGUAAGUGAUGGAAUCCGAUUAUUAAUAUAGUAGCAUUACUGAAGCUAAUAUGUUUUUGGCUGAGGAUAGAGUAUUGUGUUUAUUGUUGUUUUGUUAAGAUUUUUAUCUAAAAUACAUUCCAGAUGCCAUAGUUUAUGUAGAUGCCUGUUAAAGUUUAAUUGAUUUGUUAUUUCAAAGAAGGAGAUGGAUAAAUGGAAGUUGGUUUGCUCUUAAUUAUGUUUAAGAAACUUAUCAUGAUAAAUUAGAGGGCAGUUCUCAUACUUGGGAAGCAAAGCAAAUGCUUAAAUUUAGCAUUAUAACUGCAAACUUAAAUCAACUCUAAUAAUACUUUUUCUAAUCAUUCUAGAUAGUUUGGUUGUUCAUGGUAUUGUAAACUGUUGUGGAUUCUAAUGGUACAAUAAAUGAUCGAAACUAUAAUCAUAUCUAGGAAUCUACUGAUAAUAUUGUAGUUUCUGCAAUUAUAGGAUUGUACAUUUUAUUGGUUUUAAUGCUUGUAUAUUUAUCUUUGACUUAUGACUAAUAGAUAUUGAAUAAUGUUAAUGGAACUAUUGGUCAAUCAAAAAAGCAGGUUUAAGAACAGAUUAAGAACUACUACUAUUCAAGAUACUAUUUUGUUUCUACUAUAUUGGGUUUAAUGAGUUUAGCAACUGUAGGCUACACAGUUUAUCUACUAAUUUAAUAAAUUAUAUUGGAACUCAAAUUUAGUGAAUUUUUAGAAGUACCAAAUGCACCUCAAUCUUAUUAUAGUUUGCUUAUAGUUCUAAACUUUGGAAUGUUGGGACUUCCAUUUCUCUUCACUUUAAUGACUUAACCGUCGAUAAUAUUGAGUGUGAUUGUUAAUUCGAUUCAUUAUUUCUAUUUUCAGCCUACUUAUACUCAUUUAUUCAUCACUUAUGCCUUUUGUAGGAUCGAUGACUUAUCUUGGGGAACCAAGGGUCUUACUGAAGACAACAGCAAAAAUAAGGUGUUCACUGAUAAAAUCUACAAAAAAUACUUGUUUGUUAUUAAGUGGAUAGUACUUAAUUGCUUGCUUUCAGGAAUUCUAAUACUGUUAUUAAGAAUGAACAUUUCAAUGUUACCUUCAUUCUUAAUUUUAUUUGUGUCCGUAAUUCUAACUGUCAUCAGUAUAAUCAAAGGGUUUUUAGCUAUCAUUCACUUAAUCCAAUUUUACAUGCCUUCAGGGACAAAGGCUAGAAGAGACAAAUUAAUUAACAGAGUAGAUAAAAGGAGAGAAACCUUAGAAAGAGGUAAAACUUAUAACACUAAUUUAUAAUAAUUCUUCAUGCCACAAAAUUCUAGAUGA